UAUUAAGUACCUAGAUAUCGUCGGCGAUUAAGCCAAGGCAACUUACAAAGCCAUAUUGAUAUCUCUUAAAUAGCUAGAGAGAAAAAGGUCGAAGAAAAUCUAAUCUAAUAUUAUUAUAUAUUACCGCUUUGCCCCUUUAUAACUUGAACUUUAGAUUCUAAAACCGGAUGGGUUUCUCAACAUUGUCUAGAAUAGGGGUAACCAUAAUUGCAUAGCCUAGGUACCUAAGCAUUACCUGUUAUGACAAUUAGUAGUUUCUAAACACGACCAAAUACAACAUUUGAAGCCGUACUGUUUCCUUUAAAUUAUUCUGAUGCUAGCGUGUCUCCCUAUUCGAUACCCUCUCGACUAGCCGUAGCCUUUUGAUCGACCGGGCCCAAUCUAACUCCUAGCCUUGCUCUAACGGUUUAUAUUUUCCCAGGCAACACACCACCCGACGCCAUUACCAAACGCGCAUAUGUACCAGUUUCCAUUGGAACACUCAAUUCUACAUCUUCUACUUUUCCCUUCACUCAUAUCGCGUAAAUGAUUCCUCCAACUCCAAACUAAAGGGCUUCGUCGUACUUGGAGCCUGGCCUACUUAUUGACUUCGCUGUCCCCAUCGUCCAGCUCUAUGUCGUCGAUUUGGAACAUGAUCUCGUCAUCUGGGUCAAAGCUAACCAUAUUACUGCUGCUGCUUCUUUUUCCGCCGUCGUUGCUUCCAGUGGCGUUCUGCUGGCCGCGGUUUUGCUGGCUACUGACAUUCCCCUUAUUACUCGUGUGGCUUUGGCUGAUUUUUUCGCCACUAGACAUCUUGGCUGAAUGUCACGAGUCUCGUUUCAAUGAUUUAAAGUAAGAUAUUCUUGGAAGAGAGAGAUCAGAAUUUCAGAUGAGGAUUUAUAAAGUAUGAAUAGCGGUCUAUAAGGUCGAGAGUAUUUUUAUGACUUCAGAAUUGAGGUGCGGGGAGAGUAUGCGACUUUUCAGUUAUCCAAAGAGAUGUAACAUCCAUCAUGGCACAUGUAUUAUUGGUCAGAGAUUUAUGAACGUAUCCUGUGACCGAUCCAAUUACGUAGUGAGCGCACUCAAGGUUUUCAUCGUAUGAUUGUGAGCCAAGCACUUCUACU